UCUUAAACGUGUCAGCCCCGCCACCCUCGGAGUCCAGUUGUCUCUUCUCUUAUUUUACGCAGUACUACUCGAUCUGUCCGCAAUGGCAUCGUUUCUAGAUCAAUUCAUCGCCUUUGGCACGGAUGCUGCUGGACUGGAAAGAACUAUGAGAUUUAUUCAGUCAAUCGCCAUAAUAGUUGUGUCUUAUCCGGUGCUGCUCAGUCAGCUGCUCAGCACUCACCCUGUUGCGAAGCAUGCUGUCUACUUUCUUACGAUACGGAAGCUGAUGGACUGGCUCAAUGUAACGAGACGCUCGCUACGAACCUUUAGAUUUCUUGAAUCUUGGAAGAAGAGCCAAACAAUGUACGAGUCCCAGGCUGCUAAGAGCAUUGAGGAUUGGCUGGACAUAAUUUCGGCGUCCACUAUGGGAAUGUACGGCAUGCUUGAGACUGCUACAUUGGUUGACGUGUUGCGCAUUGAAAAUCUUUCCAUAUUUGGUCAAGAGCGCAGUGUGACUCUCAAUGAACGGGCACAAAUGUUCUGGCUCGUGGCUCUCUAUUCUGCCGCCUUGGGCUCUGGUAUUAAGCUACUCCGUCUGUUCGCCUACCGCGCUGUCCCAGACUCAGGUGCCGGCUUCGCUGGUAAAGAUUCCAAGAACGAUGAAAAGAAGGCGAAGAAUGAGAAAAAGUCAGCUGAAGAGCGUCAGAAAGAACGUGAGGCCGCGAACCGUGAGUUCAACGGCAAGGUUUCGCAGCUUGGGCUUAAGAUGCUUGCUGAGGUACUGGAUCUUGUUCUUCCUACGGCAUCACUCGGCCUGAUGAAGAUCUAUCCCGGAAUCGUUGGCAUUGCCAUGCUAUGUAGCACGGUGAUUACGGGCCGGAACGUCUGGAUUAGAUGUGCACAGAAGCUACCGGCUUAGAAGGUGUGUAAUGACCUAUUGACAGGGAAGGUCUGAUGUGUGUCUUUGUGGAUUUCGCUAUAUAUGCUAGGGUAUUCAAAAAGCAGUUCUACCGUCUAGUUCAGGGAGAUAAGCCUCUAAAUAAUGUCAAAUUCGGCCGUAAAUGGUAAAUUUACCAGUGCCCACUUCAACCCUCCAGCCGUCUUGUAUCAAGGCCGCAGCAACGGCCUUUCGAAGUGGCGACACGCCUCCUGCGCUGUGGCGACCAACGCCCGUGAUUAUGAUUAAUGGAUGCUGCUUUGCCUUUUGAGACUUCAUGUCGCCUAGAUUUUGCCACCAGUUAAGAGACUUUUGGCGUGCGAUACGAACACCAUCCUGGACAAAGACGCCGUGUAGGUCUACCUCACCAGGUCGGCUUUGUUGAUCUACUAGUAAAUCUGCAGCGGUUGAAGUUGCUUGGGAGGCGGCCCGACUGUGCUCUUGCGCCCGCUCAGAGUAUACGACGGCGGCUUGUCGAAAGAGGGGGUUGCUCGCACCGUUGCGAUACAUCUGAGCAGCUGAUGCUCCAGCUUGUCGUCGCUGAAGAUUGUGAGAAGCAGAUAGUUGUAAUGCCUGAGAGAGAUUCACUGCUGGAGUUUGGGGCGACGCUAGGGAUGGUAGCAUGUGCUUGGCUCUUGUUGUCUGGGAGGUAGAUUUGAUAUCGGACUCUCCUUCUAUAUCGUCGUAGGGCAGCGGUGUCAGCCUCGUACCAAGAUUCAACUUUUGGCCCUUCGACCGUCUAGCAAAUUCCUUGUUCAAAAGACCUGCUAAAUCUUCAGAGAACUGGGUGAUGUUGCUUGUUGACUGAACAAUACGCUCAAGAUAUUUCUCGGGCACAUGGCGAUAUUUUCUGCCAAGUACCACUGACUGUGUUUUAAUAUCAUCAGAGGGCGAUAUUGAUUCAUGCACCUCUUCCUCAUUAAUGCAUUGGUCGAGAAGAGCUAUAGCGCUUAAGCUCAAGGACCUAUUGUUGGUGUAAAAGACAUCUGCUACCUCGUCAAUUGUGCGAUUUAAAUGCUCUGCAAGAUAGCUGAUAUUAGUUUGGUCUUGGCAAGUGACACUGUUAGCAAGAGGAUGCAUACUCGGCUUAAAACUGCUUACCUUUGACCUCGCUCAAGUAUAUUCCUAGGUCAUUCUCAUCAGUGGCCCGGUCUGUCUCCCUGGUGCCAGGGUUUGUGUUUGCUUUAUUCUUUUUCUUUUUCUUGGAUUUCUUAGAGGUGUCCUGAUCCUCAUGGAAAAAGCCAUCGAUGCCCUUGACUUGCUGUCCUGUAGCUUGGAGAUACUGUAGAUUCAACAGAUCAUCCAGCGCGUCCUGGAAAUCGCCGUGAUUCUUUUUCAAAGCAUACUGUAUGUCAUAGGCUUUGAGGCUGGCAAACAUUGAUGAAAGCUGGUUGAGCUUGCCUUGCUCUGUUUCAUUAUUAAAAGAAGUGAGCUGAGGCAUGAACCAAUUUCCAUCAUUCUCUGACAUAGGUUGGCCAGCGCUUGAAGAGUCUCCUCGUGGAGUUUGAGGGGUCGGUUGUGUUGCAAUGGUAGAGGAUUGUGUAGAGUCUUCUCUUGUGUGACGGCUAGUGUCAUCUAAUGACUCUAUAAGUCCACUAGGAUUGAAACCAGUAGCUUCUUCAGCCGGAACAUCUUGCGCUAGGCCACUGAGGAUAGUACGCGCUCCUUCAUAUUCAGCCGCGUUUGUCAAAUCAUGAUCGCCUGCAAUAGCCGCAACAAGGGAUUCGUCUAACAAGGUUCGAAACAGCUCCUGAGAUCGGUUAGUGAUAAUGUAGUCGCAAUGAUAAUAGUAAGAUUGGACUAACUACUAGCUCAUCAAGCUUGUCUUGCUGCGUCUCAAGCAUUGCUGCGAUGUCGAGAAGUCGAUAUCUAGGCCAGCGUUCCUCGACUCAAAACGAACAGCUAUUGCUGGUAUCUCAUGCUUAAUGACUGGUGCUAGAAAAUCGAACAUGCGUAUGGAAGUUUCAAUUAAAACAUCAAAGUUGAUGUGCUCGGUACAGAACAAUGCAUUGGCUU